CUUGCGCUCCGCCCGCUGCCUCUGUCGCCUCAGCCCGGCCCCGGAGCGCUGAGACGGGGACACCAGCCCCUCAGCCUGCCAACCCUUCGGCCGCAGCCAGCAUGGGGGGCCGCUGAGAGCGAGCUCCUCUUCCCUCUGGCAUCUCCCCCGGCCACUGGCCACUGGACUCUGGCCAGCGAGGCUCGGCCACCUCUCGCUCGCAGUCCGACGCCUGGCACGGCCCUCGGCUCUGCUCCCCCGGCUCUGAGCAUCGUGUCCCCGCCUCCCCCCGCCCGCGCCUGGGACACCUGGGUCCCCCGGCGGCCCCUAGGAGAGGGGCGGGGGGGGGCAUGAAGCCACUGGAGAAAUUUUUGAAGAAGCAGACGUCGCAGCUGGCGGGGCGAGCGGUGACUGGAGGUCCCGGCGGGGGUCCGGGUUCCUGCGGAGGGCCUGGAGGGGGUGGGGGCUCUGGUGGGGGCGGCGGUCCGGCCGGGGGACUGCGGCCACUGCAGCGGCGUCAGAGCGUGUCUCGCCUGCUGCUCCCAGCUUUCCUCCGAGAGCCCCCAACCGAGCCAGGGCUGGAGCCGCCCGUUGAGGAGGAAGGGGGAGAGCCAUUAGGGGUCUCUGAGGAGCCGGGCAGUGGGGGGCCCUGUUGGCUGCAGCUAGAAGAGGUUUCCGGGCCUGGACCGAUAGGGUCUGGGGUGCCCCUGCGCUCUCCUUCCUCGUAUUCCUCAGAUGAGCUAUCCCCCGGCGAACCCCUGGCUUCACCACCCUGGGCCCCCCUGGGCGCCCCCGAGCGGCCAGAGCAUCUUCUGAACCGGGUUCUGGAGCGCCUGGCUGGAGGGAGUACCAGGGACAGCAGCGCCUCAGAUAUUCUCCUUGAUGAUAUUGUUCUUACCCAUUCCCUCUUCCUGCCGACAGAAAAGUUUCUACAAGAGUUACACCAGUACUUUGUUCAGUCAAGGAAUGUGGAGGGUCCAGAGGGGCUGGGUCGGAAGCAAGCCUGCCUCGCUCUCCUCCUCCAUUUCUUGGAUACCUACCAAGGACUUCUGCAAGAGGAAGAAGGGGCUGGUCACAUUAUCAAGGAACUGUAUCUACUAAUUAUGAAGGAUGAAUCUCUUUACCAAGACCUCCGAGAGGACACACUGAGGCUGCACCAGCUGGUGGAGACAGCAGAGCUAAAGAUUCCAGAAGAGAGCCAGCCACCCAGCAAGCAGGUUAAGCCGCUCUUCCGACACUUCCGCCGGAUAGAUUCCUGCCUGCAGACCCGAGUGGCAUUCAGGGGCUCCGAUGAGAUCUUCUGCCGGGUCUACAUGCCUGAUCACUCUUACGUGACCAUACGCAGUCGCCUCUCGGCAUCAGUGCAAGACAUUCUGGGCUCUGUGACAGAGAAGCUGCAGUACUCGGAGGAGCCUGCGGAGCGUGAGGAUGCCCUCAUCCUCGUAGCUGUUGCUUCCUCUGGAGAGAAAGUCCUCCUCCAGCCAACGGAGGACUGCGUUUUCACCACACUGGGUAUCAACAGCCACCUAUUUGCCUGUACCCGGGACAGCUACGAGGCCCUAGUACCCCUUCCAGAGGAGAUCCAGGUCUCCCCAGGAGACACAGAGAUCCACCGGGUGGAGCCUGAAGAUGUGGCCAAUCAUCUCACUGCUUUCCACUGGGAGCUCUUCCGAUGUGUGCACGAGUUGGAGUUCGUGGACUACGUAUUCCACGGGGAGCGUGGCCGCCGAGAGACAGCCAACCUGGAGUUGUUGCUGCAGCGCUGUAGCGAGGUCACUCACUGGGUGGCGACCGAGGUGCUGCUCUGUGAGGCCCCGGGCAAGCGUGUACAGCUGCUCAAGAAGUUCAUCAAGAUCGCAGCCAUCUGCAAGCAGAACCAGGACCUGCUGUCCUUCUACGCUGUGGUCAUGGGGCUGGACAACGCGGCUGUCAGCCGCCUGCGGCUCACCUGGGAGAAGCUGCCAGGGAAAUUCAAGAACCUGUUCCGUAAAUUUGAGAGCUUGACGGACCCCUGCCGGAACCAUAAAAGCUACAGAGAAGUCAUCUCCAAGAUGAAACCCCCUCUGAUUCCAUUCGUGCCCCUGAUCCUCAAAGACCUGACCUUCCUACAUGAGGGGAGCAAGACCCUCGUGGAUGGCCUGGUGAACAUUGAGAAGCUGCAUUCAGUGGCCGAGAAAGUGAGGACAAUCCGAAAAUACCGGAGCCGGCCCCUCUGCCUAGACAUGGAGGCCUCCCCACAUCACCUGCAGACCAAGGCGUACGUGCGCCAGUUCCAGGUCAUCGACAACCAGAACCACCUCUUUGAGCUCUCCUACAAGUUGGAGGCGAAUAGCCAGUGAGGGUGAGGGGACCCGGCUGCCCCCGCCUCGGUCCUUGGCACCUGGCACCCAAGCACUUUUGCACGAUGCCCUCGACACCCGCAUCGGCCACCUUCUCCCUGAAGGCCUUUCCUAUCCGACAUGGAGGAGUUGGGUUGGCCUACCAGGACUCCUAACCCUGCCAUCCUGCUGAGGUCCUCUUACCUUGUUCCUUCACACUCAAGCUACGCUCCUGGUCACUGGCCUCUCUGGGCAAGGGACGGAGCACUUCUCUGCCCUCCAAGGGAGGUCUGUCCCAGAGAUGGAGUUUCUAGCCUCCACUUCCCAUGCAGGAAGGAAGCCCCCCCACCCCCCCGUUCCCACAUCACAGCUGUGAUGGGAGGCACUGGAAGCCGCCUUUGCUGGUAAUUGUUUCACUGGUCCCUGGAUAUACACAACCUAGAGUGUGUGUGUGUGUGUGUAUGUGUGUGUGUGUAUGUGUAUGUAUGUGUGUG